UUGAAUGGUCUGGAUAUUUCCGUUCCAUCGCGCCGCCCUUCUCUCCAUAAAUACUUUGCGACUAAUCCGGAUAUUGUGGUCGCCGAAAUUGAUUAUAUGAGGAACGUUUCCAAGCUGCUACACUCAACUGACCCUCGGAUCAUUACCAAUUAUGUCUUCAUCCAGUAUGUCUCUUUAUGGAGUGGAGAACUCGGAGAACGAUUCGAUGACGUUUCGCAGGUUUCAACAUUACUAAAACCUAUAAUAAGGCCACAAUAA